CGAAACGCCUAAACGAAACAACCCAACUACCUAGACAAGCCGGUGUGCGAAACAGCUUUACGUUUUACUUAAAACGGCAGGUGAGACAGACCACGAGAAACACAUACAGUGGUCUAACUCUCCAGGGUUUCAAGGGUUUGCAGGCUCGUUCUUCGUUGCAAUAAACAGCUUGGCGGCUAUGGCGAAGAAGCGAAAGGUCGCAGAGCAAGUUGAAGAAGAAUCCAUAACCCUAAAAAAUGAGGAAGUAGAAGAUCAAGAGGAAGUGGAAGACGAAGAGGACGAAGAAGCAGAAGAAGAAGCAGAAGAAGAAGAGGAGGAGGAGGAGGAGGAAGAUGAAGAGGGAGGAGAAGAAAAUGAAAAUGGAAAUGCAGACGGCGAGGAGGGCGGUAAAGAGGAGGAAGAAGAAGACGGCGGAGAUGAAGACGAAGUUUCAGAGGAAGACAUAAAAAACCUGCUGGAGCCAUUCGCCAAAGAGCAGCUAAUCAGCAUCCUCCGUGACAUUGUGGCCAGGGAUGCUGACGUAUUAGGCAACAUAAGAAAGCUCGCUGACAAAGACCCAGCCCACCGGAAAGUCUUCAUCCGUGGCCUCGGCUGGGACACCACCUCUGAAACCCUAAAAUCUGUGUUUUCUGAGUAUGGUGAACUCGAAGAAUGCAUAGUUAUAAUGGACAAGGCGACCGGAAAAUCAAAAGGAUACGGCUUUGUGACCUUCAAACAUAUGGACGCUGCGCAGAGGGCUUUGAAGGAGCCGAGCAAGAAAAUCGACAGCCGGAUGACCGCCUGCCAGAUGGCCUGCACAGGCCCUGUGCCGCAGCAGCCUGUUAACGACCCCACGGGACGCAAGAUUUAUGUAAGUAACGUACCCGCUGAUAUGUCUGCUGAAAAAUUGCUUAGCUUUUUUGUUAAGUAUGGUGAAGUAGAAGAAGGGCCGCUAGGGUUUGAUAAACAGUCUGGAAAGUCCAGAGGGUUUGCUCUUUUUAUAUAUAAGACCGCGGAAGGCGCUAAGAAGGCCCUGGAGGAGCCCAAUAAGAACGUUGAUGGCCAUUCAAUGCACUGUAAAAGAGCCACGGAUAAUCAAAAGCAGAAGAAUGCUAGUUCAUAUACACAGGCUACCUUGAUGGGGCCUUUGGAUCCUAAUGACUUGGCACUCACUCAUGGCAAGGGCUCUAUUUUUGGGUCUGCCCAUGGUGUAUUGCCCGGGUUCAGUAAUGCUUUUAAUGCUAUUCUAGCUAGCCAAAACCAGAACUUUGGCGGGAUGAAUCCGUCACUUCUGGCUUCUAUGAAUCCUUCUUUGGCCUCUUCACUGAAUCCCUCUACGUUUUCUCAAGCCUUUUCGCCCUCAGCCCAAGGUUCUUUGGGCUCGGCUAGCUCGUAUGGAGUACAUCCUAGUUUUGGAGGGGGUUAUGGCUCUCAACAUGGAGGAGUUGGUGGUGUUAAUGCAGCGGCCCUUGGCAUUUACGGUUCACAAUCAGCAAUGCCAGGACUGAAUGCAUAUCAAAAUCAGCAGCUAAGCCAGUCUGGAUUGCCUAGAACAUCGCAGUCAGGAGGCAGUUCCUUGGGAGGAUUGCCAUCAUAUCUGCAACGUUAGAAUUGUGCAGCUGGCUAUUUAGAGGAUGAGGCUGAUGCAAUAUUGAAGAUAUGUUUUUUAUGCGCCCAUUUGAUGUGGAUUUGUUGAGCUUCGAGAGAUUUUUUAUAUUGGGCAGUCUUCAUCUUUUCUUACAAUGUUUUACUCACACAUACUCCUGGUGUUUUCAAGUAGCCAAGGAGAAGAGUCAUUGAUAUUUGUAGCUGUUCAUUUUUGUUUACUGCGCUUGCCAAGCAAACUUUUGACAUUUUUAAGUAGCAGUUGUUAAGCUUUAUUGGUAUUUUAGUCAUUUAACUUCUCCCCAUGCUUUGCAUAUGCACAUGGAAAAAGUUUGAUGUAAGAAUGGUUUAAUACUUUAUAAGGCCUCUUCGCCAAUGCACUCUUUAUGGAUUUCUUUUAAAUUUCUAAUUCAUCUUCUUAUGCUUCCUGUUA